UUCUUUCCGCGCAGGAGGAUCCAUGGCUUGGCCGCUGAUCGCUCCGUGGUCGGCUGACCUGGAUGCUUCCGAAAGAGGCAGCUCUCUACAAAGAAGGACCUGCCGGUCGCUCACAAUGCCUGGGCUGGGCCCUACCUCUGACAGAGAAAUCAUCUAUCCCCUGUACCAUCAGAGAAGAAAAAUAAAACCAAAACCAAAACCAAAAAACAACCUUGUGUGGAUGAGGAUGGCAAGUUCCUCUGGCUCCUGGCUCCUUGGCUGCCUCCUCACCCUCUUCCUCCAGGUGUCUGCACAGGUGUCAGGUAGGUCAGGCGAUGCGGGCGGGUUCCACCUGACGCGGCUCGGGGACACGGCGGAGCUGCCCUGCCCGCUGGCGCUCUGGCCAGGGUCGGUGCCCGAGGAGGUGAGGUGGCAGCGGCCCUCGCGUCUGCAGCGCCCGCAGGCCGUGCACGUGUUCCGGCGCGGGGAGAGCAGGGACGAAGAUCUGAUGCCGCAAUAUGCGGGCAGGACGGAGCUAGUGGAAAAUGCCCAGGAGGGAAGUGUCGCCCUGAAGAUCCACAAUGUGAGCCUUGAGGACCGAGGACCCUACCAGUGUCAGAUCCGGAUCAGGAACCUGAGUCGAGAGGGCUCCGUGACGCUGCAGGUGGCAGCCCCAUCUCCAGGAAGGAUCUCUCCCUCAGCGGUGGCUCUUGCUGCCUUCCUGCCUGUUCUGGGGCUUCUCAUCAUAGCAGGCAUUUGCCUCAUAUGGAAGCAAAAAAGAUCAAAAGAGAAGCUUCUCUAUGAACAGGCGAUGGAAGUAGAAAAUCUUCUUGAAGACCAUGCAAAAGAAAAAGGAAGACUCCAUAAAGCCCUCAAGAAACUCCGGAGUGAACUAAAGUUGAAAAGAGCUGCGGCUAACUCAGGCUGGAGAAGAGCCCGGUUGCAUUUUGUGGCAGUGACCUUGGAUCCAGAGACAGCGCAUCCCAAACUCAUCCUGUCUGAGGACCGAAGAUGUGUGAGGCUUGGUGAUAGAAAGCGGCCCGUGCCUGACAACCCCCACAGAUUUGACUUUGUUGUCAGUGUCCUGGGCUCUGAGUGCUUCACAGAUGGCUGUCACUACUGGGAGGUGUAUGUAGGAGAGAAAACCAAAUGGAUUCUUGGUGUAUGUAGUGAGUCUGUGAGCCGGAAGGGGAAAGUCACUGCCUCACCUGCCAAUGGACACUGGCUUUUGCGACAGAGUCGUGAGCUUCACUAUGAAGCUCUGACUUCCCCACAGACCUCCUUCCGCCUGAAAGAGCCCCCAAAGUGCGUGGGGAUUUUCCUGGACUAUGAAGCAGGAAUAAUCUCCUUCUAUAAUGUGACUGACAAAUCCCACAUUUUUACAUUCAGCCACAGUUUCUCUGGCUCCCUUCGCCCUUUCUUUGAGCCUUGUCUUCAUGAUGGAGGGAAAAACACAGCACCUUUAAUUAUUUGCUCAGAGUUACAGAAAUCAGAGGAAUCUAUUGUCCCUAAGUCAGAAGGAAAAAGCUAUGCUAAUGGAGAUGUGAAGGUGAAUCCUUCCUUACUACCCACUCAGGGCCCUGAGCUUUUCCCACUCAAGGAUACCAUUGUAUCCUGGCACUCUGAUCUUGGCCCAGCUCUUCAGGGGCUCAAGGCUCCGUCUUUUUAGAUAUGUGCCUCAUGACUUGCUCACACGAUUGUCCAGGUCAGGACUCUGGAUUUCAGACCCCUGGCUCAAUACCUGAUUCUGGAAUGUCUUUUCCUUGAUCCAAAUCCAUACCCUUUCCUUGUUUCAAUCAGUACUACUUUUCUCCCAGGGCUCUCAGUUUGGAACCCACCAUUCUUCUAUUGACUUGGUGUUUCUAUUGCCCUGAAAAGAAGAUUUCUAAAAAGCAACAACUAAAUUGAACACAUAGUUUAGGUUUAGAUGAUAUUGACUGUGAUUCAGCACAGGCUUCAAAAGGGUUCU